UGGUGCUGUACUGCCUGUAGAAAAAUUGGUGUUAGUUUUUACCGUUUUUUUCAAGGAACCAAAACCCAUUUUAUGGAAAUUCAAGACGAAGUUGCUAAACUAUCUGACCGAAUCUCUAAGUAUGGGAAACUUUUCGAAGAUUUUAAUUCUUUAGAUACUUUAAAAUCUCCUGCUCAAUCUUCCCCUAAAAGGCGAAAAUCGUCAAGGAAAAUCAAAGAGAAACAAGACGACCCUCAAACUGAUAAUAAUAGUCCAGCUCAACAAAACAACCCUGAUAUAGCCACUACUUCUGCUACUACACGUCCUGCUGUUACACGCUCUGCUGUUACACCUUCUGCUGUUAAACCCACUGUUGCAAAUCCCUUCGGUUCAUCAUUAAUACAAAUCCCAAACGCUAAUGUUAUCUAUGGCUCCGAAAUUGAUGCUGCUUCAUCUAUACAUAAUAAUCCUGCUCCUGUUAUUUCUGAUACAUCCAAUCAAUUAAACCAACAUAAUCUAAACUAUGCUGAAGUUGUUACGAAUAACGGAAUAAAUCCUAUUGUUAAUAGAGAAUUGAGAGUUAUUCCACCGAAAAAACAUAUCUUCAUAUCCCGUUUUGCAUUUGAUACUUCUGCCGAAGACAUAAAUUAUUACAUAAAAUCCAAACUCAAUCAAGAUGCUGAUAUUAGUGUUUACAAAUUUAAUUAUUCGCAAGCAAGGAGUAUAACAUCUUUCAAGAUUACUGUUCCGUUUGAUAUUUUUAACUGUGUAGUUAAUGCGUAA